CGCCACCCAUUGGGUCCUUCCCUGAUAACAGCAACAGUUUAACGAGCUGAAUGUGAGAAUGUGUCUUAACUUAAAGUGUUAAAACGUGACAACACUGCGGAUAAAUGUGAUAAUAUAUUAUUGUUUGACGCUGGUACAACUUUCCUGUUCUAAAGUUUUUUGGAAACAUGAAUCAACCUGAUUAACUGUUUUUUACAAACGCAUGCAAAAUGAGUUCUGAGGUGUGCCCAUUCUGCGGGAAAACUUACAAAAGAUUGAAGAGUCAUCUGCCACAUUGCAAGGCAUCAGCAAGCUCCAAAACACCUCCAACCAAACAUGAUGUCACAGUGAAUCAGACAACGUCUUCUCAGUCAGUAACCGCAAAUCCACUAUCAAAGAAGAGUAAAACGAUGUCUGUGGUAACCUCAGCACCACCAAAUGCAUCAACUUCGUCAUCAUCGCAGAGUUCUGCACCAGUUCUACCAUCAACUAAGAAGAAGAAACAGAAGCCGUCCGAACAAAUCAGGACAGCCAACCUGCCCUCCCCCACAACCAUUUCCCUUACCUCCUCCCCAUCGCUACCUCUGUCUAGCACCACCUCUAAGCCCAAAAAGCUGAGUCUCCGCGCUUCGAUAGAAGCUGCAAAAUCCAAACAGGUUUCUAAGGGAUCACUGAAGGGAAGUAGAUCUGCCUCAGAGGAUCUGCCUUUAGGUUCAACUCCAUUUGUGGCAGAUCCUUUCAGCUCCAGAAUUACAGCUGGGACCAAAACUAAUCCCAACAAAGACUCAAUAAAAGAGGAUGCGUUUCUGUCCACAGACACUAAACCCAAAGCUGCCUCUAAAAUGAAGGUUUCUAAGAUGAAGAAGGCUUCACAGUCCCUUUCCAAAACCAAAGAUACCUCUAGCUCUCUGGACUCUAAAGUAAAUGAAACUACUAGUGCAAGAGCCCGUGACAACUUCUUGCUGGACAACGAGGGGGAAGUCGAGGAUUUAUACGUGAAUACGAUGCUCUUGAAAUCAGGAAGUGGUCACCAGGCCAGUAUUACCCUCCAGGAUGUUAAAGCCACGUUAGGCCGAGCUAACGCCACCCGUCAGUCCAGCAGGCCAAGCAUCCUGAGCCAGAUUGAAACUACUGAUGAUCGAAGCAGCAAAAUCAGACUUGGUACAAGUCUCAGUCCAGUUCCACUUCCAACAGGGAAUCAAGAUAGCGGUUUGGUAAGAACUAAAGCUGUGUCAGAUCAGCUGCCCUGCAACAGUUCACAACAUGCAGAGCUACAAUCAGUUAAGAGACAAAGUCCAAAGUCUGAACAAGGAACUUUACUCCCCCUGCAACAGCUUGAACCAGCCUCCCCUGCUGCGCCCCUCCUUUCUGGACAUCUAUCGUCUCUGAUGAGCAAAGCUGGAUCCCUUCCACAUACUGUCAGCAUGAGUGAGGGGCUGAAGGGGACAGGACUCCGUACGAUAUCCCCAUCACUCACAACGUUUUCUAGCCCUUUGCUGGCGGCGAGGGUGGAGCCUUUGAGAGCUGAUGAUGGGUUGAAGUUGCGGCUCGAAGUCAGGAAACAAAAUGCUGCUGAUAAUGGAACUAAAGUAGGUGCUCCGACACAGCGGAGUCUUGGACAGGUGAGACUGAGGGAGUUUCCUGAGUGGCUGGCCUGCAAAAUGCCCAGCCAUCCAAAAGAUGUGGUGGAAAUGGUGCAAAGAGGCUGGCAGUGGUAUUACAAGAGGUAUAUUGAUGUGAAGAAAGGUGGUGUAGGUGGAGUGGGCAUGUUGUUAGCAGGCUACUGUGUGCUUGGCUACAUCUGGAGUUACCCUCAUCUAAAGCGCGAUCGCUGGAGGAAGUACCACUAAUGGCAAGGGAAGAUGUUUGGAUAAGUGUGACUCUGCACAAGGGAACAGCAGCUUUGACAGAGGGAGGGUUCAAGAAUUUUAGACAUCCAUCUCUUAAUAAUAUCUUAUUUAUCCAGAUCAUAACAUUUCCACAUGUCUGAGAAAUUGAUUGAAAUUGAUUGGCGUCAAAUCAAAUGUUAAACAAUUUAGAUAAUGCACUCAUUUGUUUGACUAGUUGAAUCAUAUGGAUCUUUUCAGCUAACGAGCCAUAAUAAAGGCAAAUUGUUACCCUUUGAUAGAGCCAGACUAGCUGUUUCCCUCGGUUUCCAGUCUUUAUGCUAAGCUAAGCUAACCUGCUGUAACUUCAUAUUUAAUGGACAGUUAUGAGAGUAUGGUAUCUAUCAUCUUACUUAACUCUUUGCCAUAAAGGAAAUAAGCAAAUUUUCCAAAAUUUCUUAACUUUUCUUUAACAACUGGAAGGGUUGUGAUUCUGACACCAGCUGUGUCAUUCUCAACAGAUUGGCACCUGCACAGGGCAUCUGAAAUAAAAUCCUGUGGGCACUGCAUUAUUUAUUUACUUAUCUGUUUUUAGAUUAUUUAUUUUACUUUAUCUUAUUUUAGUUUGAGAAGGGAAAAUGUUCACAAGAGAACUACUGAAGUUUUAAUUAGGAUCUUUUUGUUUAAAGUCCCACUGUGUUUCCCAAAGGCUCCACUAGGUGUCAUUGUUGUGUUGUAACCAAAACCAAAGGGGCUGGGCAGCCAAAUGUUAGUAAUGCAGAGUUGUCUUUGCUUCUUUGUGUAGAGGCAUUGGUGAUGGGGUCCAUGAGAGGAUUAAAGGGAACCAGCAGAUUUUUACUUACUCUGGCAGCCUAGAUGUAGAAAAACAUGGGAAUCUAAAUGUCCUGACUUCAGUAUCCGUGAAAAGAUCUUAUCUGUGUAGCAGAGGGUUACAAAUCUUGUUUUUCUUUUCCCUGUCACAUGAUGUUAUUAUGCAUGCUCAGUCCGUUAGUGCCAGUAUGUGAACACUCACGGAAUAGUAAUGGAGGGACGCUGAA